GUAAGGUUUUUAAGGUAAAAAAAAAAAACAGUUUGACAGGAAUUAUCAUCAGAAGUGGAAUCCGCAGCAAGAGCUCUUAUCAAUGUGUUAGCCAGGGGCCUGGCUCCAUCUUCAUCUAGUGGCACUGGGUCAUUAAGGAGUGCUAAUGUACCAAUAAGAGAAAACAUCCGACCGAGCGGGACAAGUGGUCUUACUCCUUUGCCCACUCUACCAGAACCUGAAAAUAGGGUGAAACAGGCAUUGAGAAGGCAGUUCCCAAGUAUGUUUGGGACUGAAAAUGAUCAGCCUAGGAGCAAAAAACUUUUUCUUUUGCCAAACCAGGCAUUGUGAAAAAAACAGAUUUUCAAAUUUAUGUGCUCUCCAAACCAACCCUGUUUACUCCAAAAGGAGAUGAAGACCUUGAUCUUGUACAUGCUGGGCUUGGGAAAAGGCUGUUAACUGUUCCAGACAAUUUUAAACACUCUGAGAUUGUCGUUCUGCUUGAGGAAGAAUUUCCUAAAUUAAAGUUCUUCAGGGGGGCUGGAUGUUUUACAAGUCUACAGGUGGUGGUGGGCGGCGUGAGCUGUCUAUAAUUCCCACAGACUCUGAUGGAUACUCUACUCGGCUUCUGAAAUCGGUGUCGAAUAAUGGGAAGAACAUGCUUUUUGUGGUGCCACUUCAAGAGCAGCUUUCCAUUGAACCAUUACCCUUUGAUUCUGUGGAGUUUGCAAAGAUGCCAAUGUCAAACUGUAUGAAAUGUGGCAGGAAGAUACCUCUGCCAUUGCUGCCCGUACACAUUGAAAAGUGCAAAGAGACUGAGACUGAGUCUGUUACUGAUGUGACUGUUCAUGAUGAUGAUGAAAAUGUUAGUGGAGCCACUGACCAGCCAAGCUCACCUUACACAGAUUUGGAACAAUCAGCACAGAUUUGUCCCAUUUGCCAGAUUACUUUCCCAGCUGAUGUCUUGCCUUAUCAUGCAAGCAUGUGUGGUGAAGGAGGGAGGUCUUUCAGUGACAUCGAGUCUCCAAGCACAUCAACAAAAGAAGAAUUGCCAGGACCCUUAACUGCACAAUCAUCCACAUUGCUAUCAGCAGCAUGGAAAAAUGAAAAUGACCCACAGAAAGCAUCUAGAAUGUUUUGUGAGGAACUGCUCUGCCUAAGUGAACAUUGUCCAUCUCUGUCACUACUGUUCAACCAAUUUGACACGGUGGAGGAGCAGGACAGUUCAUUAAUUUCAUUUUAUAAAAUGAACAGUGCUAACUGGUCAGCUCCAUUUAAAUGUAGAUUGGCAGGAGAUGCAGCUGUUGGCAAAGGAGUCAACCGUCAUAUUUUGUCAAUGAUGAUGCAAAAAUUGAAGACUGGCUUCGCUUUAAAUUUGGGGUCUUCUACCACAGCCCCUUUUGAGGGGGAAAAAAACCACCGUGUCCCCUCAGCAUGUGCUGUACUACGGGACAGCAACCUGUUUCAGAUGGCUGGCCGAAUGAUUGGUCAUUCCUUUUUACAUGGAGGUCCUUGUCUUUCUGGACUGAGUUUACCUGUUAUCAUCCUUCUGACUGGAGGGGAUGCUGACAGUGCGGCUUCAGCUCUGACACUGCAGGACUGCCCAGACAUAGACCACAGGGAAACUAUUAGUUUGCUCAAGAAAACAGAACUCACUGAAAAAGAAAUGACUCGAUUGACCGAUCUUUGCCUUUUCUGGGAUCUUCCUGUUCCAUCGUCGAGUAAUCAGGACUGGCUGUUUCAACAGCUAUUGUCUCAUGCUGUACUUGGACGUGUCAAGUGCCAGAUUAAAGAUUUGAGAAAAGGCAUCAAAGAUGCCGGCAUCUGGCCCCUUCUCUCCCAGAGACUCGACAGUCACCACAUUGUUUUCUCAAGGGAGUCAGUUAGGGACAUUACAUCACAAGUAAGUAAAGGCUACUUGUACAUGGAAUCUGGUCUUCUAUUGUAUUAAUUCUUGUGUGUGGAAACUUGGUAUAUUGUCUUGUAUUUACAUUGUAUAAUUGAAGUCCUACUGCUGAAACUACUCAUUGCUUACUUUCUUGGACAUGUGAUGUCACAUGGUCAAAUACAUCAGAACAAGAACAAAUUCACAGUGACUUUCAAAUGGUCUCACCUGAGCCCUACUCAAUAUUCAAACCCCAUAGGAAAUUCUUCAGCAAAUCGUGUGGCCUAAACCUGUGGAUGAUGAUGACAAUGAUGAUGACAUGACUGUUGAGAGAAUGAGUGUCAUCACAGGAUAUAUGCGAAGCUUUAUUGAGGAAGCAUCACCAACCAUGCUGAAUCACUUAAUGAAGUUCUGGGUGGGAUGGGAGUUGGCAGAAGAAAACCUGGUGUUAGAGUUGGUGACUGCCAAGUUCCCUAUUGCACAAACAUGUUUCAACACAUUGCGACUUCCCUGUCACUACCAUAGCUACCCUGCAUUCAGAGCAGAUAUGCUAAUGUGUCUGAAGUCUAUAAACAGUGGAUUUGGCCUGGUUUAAAUAAAUUGCUGUGAGGGGAAGGGGGGGGGGC